UUUUUGCCAGGAACCUGCCCAAGCUGCCUGCCUGCCAGUCUCGGCGCUGUCUUUCGAUCCGCUUUGCAACGCUCACCGAUUCCCAAUGCCAUUGAAUGUUGAUAUUGCGCAACAUGAGCCAUGGAGAAAGACAUUGAGGCGGUCGACUUCAAUCAUCCAUUUACUCCAUACGAUGUGCAGCUGGACUUCAUGAAAACAGUCUAUGGUGUUCUCCAGCGUGGCGAAGGGCAAGUGGGCAUCUUGGAAAGCCCAACAGGAACGGGCAAAUCUCUCUCGCUUAUUUGCGCAUGCCUUACAUGGCUCCGGCACUAUAAAAAGAAACGCUUUGAAGUCUCAUUAGAAACUGCAGCCAGCAGCACCACAAAUGAGCCCGACUGGGUCGUGGAGCAGGCUUUGCAUCGGAAAAGGGAAGAGCUGUCGAAGCGCUGGCAGGAAAGAGAAGAACGUCUCAAGCAAAUUCGGGAAAAGGAGCAACGUGACGAGAAGCGUGCGGCCAAACGGCGGCGUCUGCUCGAGGAAGACCGACCAGUCCGUCCUAGAGGUCAAGCACCACAUGAAGACGAGGAUGAGUUCCUACUUGAUUGGGAAGGCGGGAGCGGAGGGGCUCCCGGCUUGGAUGAUGCAUCGGGUGGUUUCAGCAAGGAGACCCGAGAUCUUCUUGAGAAGGUCGGGUUAGGCUUUUCAAAGCAGGACACCGGCGCGGAUGACGAUAUUGAAGAAAACGUCAAGAUCUUUUACACGUCGAGGACGCAUUCUCAACUUACGCAAUUCAUCUCCGAGCUGCGACGUCCAAAUUUUCCUUCCUCAUUUCCUGGAGCGGACGAGCCUUCGUUGUCGAAAACAGAGACCGGAACUCGCGAAUGCGUCAAGCAUGUGCCGCUGUCGUCACGCCAGAAACUAUGCAUAAACCCAGCAGUCGCGCGUCUAGGCAGCGUGGCGGCCAUCAAUGACCGCUGUACGGAGCUGCAGAAGAGCAAAGCGAAAUCAGAAGGCAAAAGAUGCCCUUAUGUUCCCAGUCAAGACAAUCUCAGCGAAACCCACCAGUUCAGGGACGCAUCACUAGCGACCAUUCCCGACAUAGAAGAUGCACAUAAGCUGGGCAAAUCAUUACAGGUCUGUCCUUAUUAUGCAACACGGACAGCGAUACCCGGCGCAGAAAUCGUCACUCUACCAUACCCUCUGCUUUUGCAAAAGAGCGCCAGAGAUGCACUUGGAAUCGAACUGCAGGGCAGCGUAGUGGUUGUCGAUGAGGCGCACAACAUCAUGGAUGCGAUUGCAGGCGUGCAUUCAGCCGAGAUAAGACUAGAAGAUCUGCGACGAGGCCGCGAAAUGCUUUCGAUCUAUGCGAAGCGCUUUGGCAAGAAGCUCAAGGCCGAGAACAGGAUCAUGGUUGGUCAGGUUGCUCGCGUGAUUCAGGGGCUCUCUGAGUGGCUGGAGCGGGCUUUGGAGCAAUCGGUUGAGCAUGGCAUCAUUGACCCGCGGGUGCUGCUCAAAACCAAGGGAAUGGAUCAGAUUGACAUGUUUGCGCUGAUCAGCUACAUUCAAGAAUCGAAACUUGCCUACAAGAUUGAAAGCUACGCAGCACAUGUAGACGAACUCGAGGAAGCAUCCAAGGGUCAGAAGAAGACGAUUCGAACCUCUCCCGUGCUUCACAACCUCAGUAGCUUCCUCUUGGCAUUGACCAACCUCAGCACGGAAGGUCGCAUCUUUUUCGAAAAGGUAGUGGUAGAUGGCGGAUCAAAGCAGUACGAUAUCAAAUUAUCCUACAUGCUCCUCUCGCCGACGUACGCCUUCUCCUCCAUAGCUACGAGUGCUCGAGCAGUCAUCUUAGCCGGCGGUACCAUGUCACCUUUCCAAGACUACGAGACACACCUUUUCCCUUCCCAUCCACAGCACAAGAUUACAAAACUCAGUUGCGGGCACGUAAUACCUUCAUCGAACCUCUGCGUCUGGACUCUGGCGAGCAUGCGGCCUGCGACCCCAGCGGGAAACUCGGAUCUUUUCGAGUUUAGUUUCCAGAAACGGCGGGACAAGACCAUGAUUCAGCAGCUUGGUACCGCAAUCCUUAACAUUUGCUCCGCAGUUCCUGACGGUGUCGUUGUCUUCUUCCCCAGCUACGGCUAUCUUGACGAGGUCGUUGCUGCUCUACAGCAAAAGCUUGCGGCGACGGGGACGGCGCCCAAUUCGUCCAUCUGGGACAAAUUGCAGUCCAGGAAAGCUGUCUUUCGGGAGACAAAGGGUGGUUCAAGCGACCAAGUUCUGGAAGACUACAGCAACGCAAUACUCGGCGAAAAGGAUGCGGAAGGUAAACAGAGGUCUCCCAGCCAGAAUGGAGCCUUGCUCCUCAGUGUCGUCGGCGGCAAGAUGUCUGAGGGAAUCAACUUUUCCGACCGGCUGGGCCGAUGCGUCGUCAUUGUCGGCCUUCCAUAUCCCAAUGUAGCCUCGCCCGAGUGGAAGGCACGGAUGGAGUACAUCGACAGCUCGACGGUAGCUGGGCUUUUGGACAAGCAGAACGGGACAACAGCGGGCGAUGUGUCGGCUAGAGAGAGCACUCCCUCAGCAACAGUUACGAAGCCGCCCUCCACUAUUACACGAGAGCAGGCAGCCGCGGCGGGGAAGCAGGCGGCGCGUGACUUUUACGAGAACGCAUGCAUGCGCGCCGUCAACCAGAGCAUCGGCCGCGCGAUCCGGCACCGCGGCGACUAUGCAGCCAUCGUGCUGCUGGAUAGACGCUUCGGCACUGAACGCAUACGGGCCAAACUCCCCGGCUGGAUCAGAUGUGCCAUGGCGCCGAUUGGUAGUAAUGAAAAGACGGGCCUUCCGGGGUUGAUGGGCACUCUGAACAAGUUUUUUAGAGAGAAGAAGGCCAGCGUUGAGGAUCAAUGACAAUGAAUGUCUGGAUCGACUAAAAUUGGUUGCCAUUGGAGUCUCGGAACCCAACUUGCUUCAAAACAAUACGUCGUUAAUCAUAGGAUAUAGUCGAAAUCCAAGGAUUUAUCGCCCUUCUCGCCAUUGUCAGUCACGCCCUCCGCCCUUUGUUUGGCCUUGAUAUUGUUACGUCUCCUCAACAUCAUGUAAAUGAUGACGAUACCAAAAGCAGCGCUUAACUCCAUGGCCAAGCUGACAGCGUUGCCCAUAAUGAAUCUGUCAUUUUCCUGUCAGCAAAAAUGGGUCUACGUAUAUCUUAACCACUAGCAAUAUACAAAACUACCAAGGACAGGAUUCACUUACCGCGGACCAGUCUCGGGCGGAUAAACUAAGCUGGCAGGCACGCCCGAGAUGUUUGCGAUGGAGACGAAGAUGGGCAAGGCGGCGCUGCGCUUGUGGUCGGGCUUGAUGUUGUUCGAAACCCAGGCGACCAGCAGCGUAUUGUACGUAUAGACGCCCGAGCACAAAAACAUGGCGAAGAAUCCCGCGCCGACGCUCGGCGUGCCGAUGGCAAUGGCGUAGCCGACCACCACUACAAAAGGGACCGAGACGGCGACGACGGCGCGUCGCCGCAGCCGGUCAGACAGCCACGUGAAACAGGCCAGAAUGAUGCACGCCACGAUGUAAACGGGG